CGCAUGCGUGGUCCCGGUCCCGGCUAAUCUUGCCUUGGUCAGGUUCUUGCUUCGAUUUCACCCAGGGCUGCUGAUCCCGCCCUCUCUCCGCCCUCACUUCCAUAGCCCCACCUCACCUCGCUCUCUCCUCGCCUUCGUCCCGCUCUUGUUCCUGGUAAAGUGUAGUUUGGGUUUUGAGACCGGUCCUCGCCUGUUUCAAGUUUGCUGUUUGCUGCUCCUUUUGCUGGGUAUGAUGCUGAAGUUCUUUCCGGCCUCCGCUUCCUUCCAGACCCGACCACCCUGGGAUUCGCUCCACAGUCCACAAACACGAGUCUCGGGGUUGUACUCCAAGUCCGUCAUGACGUUGGCAGGCCAGGUGAGGAGUCAGCGAGAACCGCACAGAAAGAAGCUGGACCCUGGGAAGAUGCAGGCCGACAUGCAGCUAAUGAAGAUGAUGCUCAGGCAUCGGCGAACGUCGCUCCAGGAGCUGCGCAGACACGAGGACUUCCUCAUUAAGCUCAACCAGGAUCUGGUCAAGACCAUCCAGGAGAUGGAGGACAGCACGGCCCUCAAAGUGCGGAAGAUGCUGCAGGAGCAGAGCAUCCUCGGGACCGUCAUGGACAUCUUGGAGUACUCGAACAAGAAGAGGCUGCAGGACUUGACGCGUGAACUUCAGGAGUGGGAGGAGAAAGAGGAAAAUAAGAUAAGCAACCUGAAGCAGCAGGGGGAGCAACUGAAUGCCAAGAUCAAGAAGAUCCAGGAGGAAGUGAACUUCCUGAGCACUUACAUGGACCAUGAGUAUCCUGUCAGGUCGGUCCAGAUUGCCAACCUUGAACGCCAGCUGCAGCAGAUGAAGGACAGACAGCAGGAUGAGUUGGAUGACCUUAAUGAGAUGCGCAAAAUGAUCCUGGCGUAUUUGUCCAACAAGAUUGAGAGGAAGAAAAUAAACCUUCUGAAGUCUCUGGUUGUGAAAGCCCAGCAGCCCCAUCAGGAGGCCCUUCUACAGAAGAUCCGGGAUAACCAGGACCUGGUGAAAUGCAUAGACAAGUUCAGAGCAUUUAUUGACCAGUUUCAGGAGGAAAUUCCCACAUUGAAGGCCGAGGUGGAAGAGCUCCAGGCCCAGCUCAAGAAACCCCGAGAGAUCAUAUUUCAGGAUGUAUUGCUUCGGAGACCCAAGUGCACUCCAGACAUGGACGUCAUCCUCAACAUCCCUGUGGAAGAGCUGCUACCCUUCUAGAUGGCAGUGCCAUGCCCCCCGCCCCUUUUCCUGCACAUGGGGCCUUGAAUUGUCUACUUCUAAGCCCCGUGUUCCCAUCCAGACCCCCUGAUCUGCAGUUUCCUUCCUUCCUUCCUUUCUUUUCCUCCGUCUUUCCCUCCCUCCCUCCCUUCCUCCCUCCUUCCCUCCCUUCCUUCCUCUUUCUGUCGUCUUGUUUCUUUCUCUCUGUAUUUUUUUCUUUCCCUUCUUUCUGGACAGGUUGUUGCUGCUGCUUGAGUCCGGCGAGAGUUCCCAGCCAACUGUGCUAUUCCUGUUUACCAAUAAAGCUGGAUUUGUUCUUUACCAGUAUUUGGGGUGAUCCCCAGCUAACCCUUACAGAAGAUGUUAUCUGAAUGGACUUCAUCUUAGGAUAAGGGGUGGGCAGCUGUGAUGACUGAAUCUGGGGCUCAAAUAUUCUCUAACAAAAGUGUUGAAUGGACCUCCCUGCUCGAGUCUCCAUGGCUUUGUGGCUCUGGGCCUCUACCUCCCUGCUGCAGUGGGAGCUCAGCUUCCUUCCAGUUUGUUCCCAGAUACGAAGAAACCAGUGCCAAGGCCACAGAGGAGAUUCCUUGAGUUUAAUGCACCUGGGAACUUGCUUGACCUUCAUUGCUAAUGGCCAUCUUUCUCCCAGUCCAGCCAUUUAUCUUUCCACUGCUUUACCCCAUCUAUGUAAGGGAAUGCCAUCAUCUCUUGGGGUUGUGCAGUUGCUUGUUCAUGUCAUUCCAGAAAGAGUGUAUAUGUUCCAGAAUUUCCAGCCAAAGGCUUAAGAUUCCUUGUGACUGGACCAGCUAAUAUCACAUGCCUAUCUUGAACUAAUUCAGGAGGCUCCCAGUCCUUGGAAUGGGUAGGGGGUAGCUGGGUGGAGCACUUGACCUGGACUGAGCCAGUAGGCACUCUCAAGAACAACUUGGAGCUCUAAACAGAUAUCAGCAAUGUUUGAAAUAAUAAUAGCAAGCAGCUAAAUAGAACUUGCUGUAUGUUUUGCAUAUAUUAACUCAUUAAAUCCUCACAACAACCCUAUGAGGUAGGUAUUCCUAUCCAUUUUUCAGAUGAAACCAAAGCAUUGAAAGAUAAAGUGAUUUUUUCAAAGUCACAAGGAUAGUCGUUCGUGGAGGCAAUCUUCUCUUAGCCACUGUACAUAUAAUGAAGGCAUGAAGGAGUUCUGGAGGCAAACUAAGAAGUAAAGCCUGAUCAUAUAGAUUCCCUCACAUUAUACACAGUCAUAAUGCCUCUAGAUACAAGAGAUAAACUGCACACAUGUACACAGCUGUAUAUAGAUCUUUUCCUAUUUGCUCAAAGCCAUCUGUGGGUAAUCCUCAUAUGCACAGACAUACUUCCAUUCAUGUCUUAAUAAAGGGGUUCCAACACUCUGUGGUCAGGAAUUCUUUGUAUUAGUCCUCUAUAUCUCCAAUAAUAAUGUUGCAUAACAACUCCAAAACUAAGUGGCUUGCAGCAACAAGAAUUUAU